UAUGCAGACAAUUGACCAUCUUGGACGAAAAAUUGGAACCUUCCAAAGAAAGUAUAAAAAAAGAAAUACCUAUUUGAAAUGCCGAUUAGAGAACGCUGAAUUGCGGCUAAAAACUUUAAAUGGAUUAGUUUUGCAACAAAGACGCGAAAUUGAACAACUUAAAAGAAUCAAACAACUUACUGAUAUUCAAAACCUUCAAGUUCAAUAUUUGGGAAGCGCGCCAAAUAUAGGAUUAGGAGCUGCAAUUUCGACAAUAGCUCCUUCAAACCCUAAUGAAGCUUUGACGGACGCAGUAACUUCUACUCCAGUAAACAACGAGGAAAGGAGAACGUUAGAUAAAUCUGUGCUAUUAGUCCCAAACCACUUAUCGCCUAUUAGACGGUCCAGGGGGACAGUUUCUAGUGGAUAUACUAAUCCCAGUUUUGACGAUAUACCAGACGAAAUGAAAGAAAUUCAAAGAGUCUCGGAAGUACCAGUUCCCUUUGGUAGUACAGCAACAAUAGGAGAGAUAUCAAAGUUGGACAUGCCUACAACGGAUUUAUGGCAGCACUCAUAUUUCAAUAUUAAACUAGUAAAGUUGACGAUGGAAGGAAAAAGAGAAUAUCCAGAAGGAGGAUGGGGUUGGUUUUGUGUUUUAGGUUCUGGAAUAGUUCACAUUAUUUUCGGAUUAGUUAAUAGAGCAUUCGGUGUUUUUUAUGUUGAUUUCCUUGAGAAAUUUCAGUCAUCAAAUAGUGUGAUAGGAGCUCUUGGAGCUCUAAAUAUUGCAAUUUUCGGAUUAUCCUCCCCAUUUGUUGGUAGAAUAACCGACAAACUGGGCUACCGGCUAACAACGAUAAUAGGUGCAUUUAUAGUAUCAGGAUCUUUCAUCAUCACGGGUUAUGCUACACAUCUAGCAGUACUGUUUGUAUCAGUUGGAGUUUUAUUGUCUUUUGGUAUGGCAUUAUGUUUUUCUCCAAGCUAUCUUAUCAUUAAUAUGUAUUUUAAUAAAAGAAGAGGCAUUGCUAUGGGCUUGUCGACCCUGGGUUCGGGUAUAGGUUGUUUAGGGGCACCCCUAAUCGAGAUUCUUUCUGCUAAUUAUGGAUAUUCAAGUUCCUAUUUAAUGUUAGGCGGUAUAAGUUUACAUUUAAUUGUUUCUGGAGCUCUGUAUCAAGUACCACCAAAAACCCUUGAAAUUACAGAUGUCGACAUUGCAAAAAUUGAACUUGAAGAUAAAAUAGAAGAUAUCAGCAAUUUAAAGAAAUCCAAUAAGAAAAUGACUUUACUAAAAUCCUGGAGAAAUCUUUGUAGUAAUUCAUUAUUUCAGUCCGUCCUGUUCGCCAAUUUUACGAUUUGCUGUUUAUCCGGAGGACUAGCAGCAUUUCAAAUAGCCUUUGCAAUGGAUAGAGGACAUACAAAAGAAAUAUCUUCAUACCUUUUUACUGGACUGGCAGCGGGUGAUAUACUAGGACGGCUUAUGAGUGGUUUUAUAGUGGACUUGAAAUUAGUUAAACGAUUUAGAACACAUCUUUUUCAAAUACUUUGUGCAAUAUCAGGAAUUUUCACGCUUUCUCUACCUCUUGGUUCGUCUUUCACUUUUUAUCUGGUUUUUUCUAUACUAAGGGGAUUAUCUAUGGCUACAUUGCUUGCCCAAAAAUCCAUAAUGGUAUCGGACGUUGUUGGAGAUGAUUACACAAUGGAUGGUUUAGGACUUUUGUUAUUCGCUAACAGUUCUGGAAUAGUCAUCACCAGAAUAGCUGGAGGUUUACUAAGAGAUACAACUGGCUCACACGAUGUGUCUUUUUACCUGUUUGGAGCACUUGCUGUACUAAGUAUUAUUGUUUAUGGUUGUAAAAUAAAACUUGGAAAGUAA